AAGCUUUGCAGUGUCACUUGACGCUCUGGAGGCUUCACAUGACAGACCUAACAGCAAAUCUCGGACCAAUUCGUGGAGAAGUUAUAACCAAGCUACUUCCCCUAAAAUAAAAUUUAUCUCAGCAAAAUACGAAAGGAAAGACACUUUUACAGUUAGGCUAUGUCAGUCAUGGCUGCUCCUGAGGGAAAGCUGACGGGACUGGUUGCGGCCACAUUUACUCCUUUAACCCCCCAGGGUGAAAUCAAGCUAUCAGAGAUUGGACCAUAUAUUAACUACUUGACAGAGAAGCAAGGUGUAAAUAACAUAUUUGUGAAUGGCACCACUGGAGAAAGCAUGUCUCUCAGCGUCGAAGAGAGGAAGUCACUUGCAGAGGAGUGGUGCCAGAAAGCCAAGGGCAAAAUGGAUCACGUGAUUGUGCACGUUGGCUGCAUGAGCCUUAAAGAUUCCCAAGAGCUGGCUUGCCAUGCAGCACAUAUCAAGGCUGAUGGGAUAGCAGUCAUUGCUCCCUCCUUCUUCAAGCCCAACACUGAAGCGUUGAGGAAGUUCCUCCAGGAAGUGGCCAAAUUUGCACCGAAUAUACCCUUCUAUUAUUAUCAUAUUCCAGCUGUCACUGGUGUUAAUGUGCCAGUGAGAGAUCUGUUGGAAGAUAUUGAGCAGCUCAUUCCCUCCUUCAGCGGCGUGAAGUUCAGUGGGACUGACCUGUUGGACUUUGGCCAGUAUGUCAGUCACAGUCACCCUCACUGGUCGGUCCUGUACGGCGUGGAUGAGCAACUGCUUGCAGCUUUGGCUUUGGGAGCUGAAGGAGCAGUUGGCAGCACAUAUAACUAUAUGGGAUGUCACGUCAGCAAACUCAUUUCAGCAUUUGACGAAGGCGAUCUUGUCCAAGCCAGGACAAUUCAGUUCAAGAUGCAAGAACUCCUCAGUUACGCCAUUAAACUUGGCUUUGAUCUGGGAGUGAACAAGCAACUGAUGAAUGAGUUGUCAGGCUUGCGUCUGGGGCCCCCUCGACUUCCCCUCAUGACUUGUCCUCCUUCUCUCAUCCUGUCCCUCGCACAGAAGUAUCACAGCCUUUUUCCUGAAUGCUGAUAUUCUCACACUGGGUUGUUGAACCUUGAAAAUCCCUCCACAACCUAAUUAGAGUGCACAUCUAAUUCCUAAUUCCUGUUAUUAAUGCCUCAGAUGUACAGUGUCUAUGAAGGUUCAAGUUACUGUAAGGGUAUCAUGUUAUACUACCAAACCAGCUGUUCUGAAUCCGAUGUUUACACUUUGUAUCAAACCUUACCGUUAAACAACACAGAAACAAACCACAUUUACAUUUCUUUAGCUAAAAUGCUUCAUUUGCAUUGAGGCCUGUGCAAAUAGUUCCAGGUGCACAGUAAGAGGAAGGAUCAAGUAAACCUGCAAAAUCAAUCCUAAAUACUCUUUGAAUUACAGAGCAUUUUUAAAUUUUUACCUUUGAAAUGUCCGGGAACUUACAACUAUAUUUGACUGUGGAGAAAAACAUGCAAGUAACAAAAGGGAACACAAGGAUGCAUUCUCUUGGUUGAAUGUACUGUAAUAUUUUCAUGGACAUUCUCAGUAGACAUCUUGUUCAUGACUCAGUCCUUCCUUUUGUUGGGGAAAAACUGCUGCUACUCCCGUUACUAUGUUAUGUUUUAAUCUUUAUCAUUUCGUAAAAUGUCAAAGUAACUAACAUCCAAUGUCUGGGGAAAUGUUUCUGCUGCAUUUACGGUCCUGGGGACUGUCACAAAUCAGCAGUAUUAUCUUACUGUCCUGAACUUUGGAAGACCUUUUUCUUCUUUGAAAAUCACAGAUAAAGAAAAACCCAAUCUGGAGAUAACUCCAUCAGAGGGACCAUUGAUAUGAACACCGUUGCAAGUGUCAGACACUCCGAAAAAAUUCUUUAGCAGGGAGCAUAAAACACUCAGAAAGGAGUUUCAGCCCAUGUUUUAAAAUAGAAUGUUAAGCUGUUAUUAAAUGUAUGCUGUCUGAAUGGCAUAUAAAAGGGAAAUGUAAUAUGCAAUUAAGAAUUUUUUAUUUGCAUUUUUAUAACACAAUCAUUACUAUUUUUAUUUUUACUAACAAUCAGUCAGUUUGUUCAAAUCUGUUUGGAUAUCAUAAGGCCAGUAUAUUUUUUUUAUCCUGCUCUCUUAGCUCUGUGUUACUUACUUUUUCUGAAAAAGCUAUGAUAGUUACCAUUUGUCCUGUUACACACACUGCAAUGUCCUGUAUUUGUUUGCUUAUUCAUUUUAGUCAGAAAUAAAGCUGUGUAUCUGUUGUA